GCUCCUCGAAAACAUGUCUCCCAUGAAGCUGUGUGUUCCAGGUGACAAGCUAUGCAGUGCAGACAACUGCAUUCCGGGCCCGGGAGUGUAUCUGCGGCACGGCUACGUCUACUCGUCACUCGCAGGCUACGUGCUGAAGAAGAACGAGGGCGAGGAGUUGCCUGUGAUCUCAGUGGUGCGGGAAACAGAAGCGCAACUACUACCCGAUAUCGGGGCAAUAGUCACCUGUAAGGUGACCAGUAUCAACCCGAGGUUCGCCAAGGUCCACAUCCUUUAUGUGGGCUCCACGCCGCUGAAGGACCGCUUCAGAGGAACAAUCAGGAAAGAAGACGUGCGCGCGACGGAGAAAGACAAGGUAGAGAUGUACAAAAGCUUCAGACCCGGCGACAUCGUCUUGGCGAAAGUUAUUUCUCUCGGUGAUGUGCAGUCCAACUACCUGUUGACAACGGCAGAGAAUGAACUCGGGGUGGUGGUGGCCCACAGUGGAGCAGGUGCCAAGAUGGUUCCCAUCAACUGGUGUGAGAUGCAGUGUCCACGGACGCACAGCAAAGAGUUCCGCAAAGUGGCGCGCGUGCAGCCGGAGUAUCUACAGGCGUGAGAUCACUUUCCUCCACCAGGAACACACAGCUUCCCCCUCCAGCUUCCUCCUCCAUCUUCCACCCGCUGUCGUCGAGUCGCCUUCUCUGAGCGUCCGGAUAACGUGGGCCGCGUCUGGUUUUUUUGGUUUGUUUUUAAAAUGUCCUCCUCUCUGCACAUUUGAUUGUGCCAGCUUGAACACAAACCGUCAGAACAUAUUCUUAACUAUGUAGCGACUGUUGUAAAUACUUUACUUUUUGAACUCAAGCGAGUGCACCGGCGAGCAGCGUUGUCUUUCAGUCGCUGGUGGCAACCUUCAUGAGAAGCUCCUGAGGAUGCCGAGUGGCCGCCAUGUUGAGAAGCUCAAACACAGGAACCGAGAGAAGAGAGCUCUUGUUUACAGAUGCAGGAUUCACUCUAUUUUCUUACUCCGUAUUGUAGCCGAUCAUCACGCCACUCGAAGGAUAAAGCAGUCACGGUUAAGAUGAGGCGUAAACUGCAUUUUAUGACCACAGCCAUCAUUAAAGGGCAGUAUGUCUGAAAUAAGGACUUGACUUAAAAUGUGUCUCUUUGGAAGUUCUUGUGCAGGGUUUCAUGUAUGAAACACUUGUUGUGAAAAGACACCAAUCUAUUCAUUUGUCCUUUAUAACUUUUCCAGUUACAAGUCGAAUGUUCACGCAGCAGUUUGAGUGAUUGAAAAUGUCACGUUAAAUCAAGCUUACAACACACAGCUGUGUGGAAUAUUUAAGUUCAUGAUAGUCAAAUGUCUUUUGUUUUCCAGCAUAGUUAAAACUAAAUGAUUGAGCUAAUAAGCAAGCAGCAAUGUCUCCAUUUUAUCUGAAGUAACGUGUAUGCUGACUUUCCUUCAAACUCCACUUUAAAGAAAAUGUCAUUCAUGUGCAAGAUUGGAAUAAAAACAACUAUCAAAGCCAUCAAA